AUGCCUGAGAACAUGAUGUUUGAUUCCAUGCCCAUUCAGUUUGGGUUUUUACUACGUAAUAUUAACUUAGCAAUGAACAUUUUGAAAGGCAGCCGUGUACUGAAUCAAAAUUGUCUGCGAGAGAAGAUUGGCAACCUAUCGCCACUUUUGAAGACCUUGGACUGGCCACCAAACAAGGACUCGGUAUUCCGGGCCUCAUGGAACUACUAUGCUAGCGGCUGUCAGGGACGACUGUCAAGCAUUCACAGGCGCAUCGAACAGAACGCUAGGAUAGUGGCUCCCAAAGAGUGUCCAACUUAUGUACUUCCAAGGGCCUUAAAGUUACCAUUAUGCCCGUGCCAAUUACCUCCUGGACAAAGUUGGGAUGACCACAUCUACCAGGAGUUGGUCUCCUGUUUUCGCAGUGCAAAAAGUACUGAUUCGAUAAAGAAAACUAACCCUAAGGUACGUUCUAAGGUACAGAAAUACUUCGAUAUGGGUAAGUUUUCCACACCAGAACAAUGGGUGUCCUGGAAACGCGAAGAACGGCAAGUAGAUCAGUUGCUAAAGAAGUCCUUAGAUCCCUAUUUGAGAGAGGAAAUGUCGCAGAAGCUGCAACAUCUACAAAAACUUACCAAAAGGCGCCCUUUAGUGGUGCUUCCGAAUCAAGAGGAAGUAAUAGAGAAAAAGAAAAACUUACUUACAAAGAAGAAAAAAUCUAAGAGAAAGCUUCUUACUAAAUCAAAAAGGCAAAUCAAGGAUUCCAGUUCAACAACCGAAGACUUUCCUUCAAGAAAAAAAAUUACCAUUUUAGAUAACAAAAAAUCAAAUGCAAAAGAAACGUCAUCGAACUUAGCAGUUUCAUAUAAGCCCUCCCAUGCCAAUUUCACAACAGAUCAAUUUCUCAUGGACCAUCCUAGCCUGCAAAGUAUAACAAGCUCAAGACGUUCUGUUAGGUCUAUAUCUUUUAAAACCAAACGAAGAGAAAAAUCUAAAGAAAUUAUCGAAGAUAAUGUUAGUAUAAAUGGCAUUGAUGAUCAGGAAUUGCAAGAACAGAUUGGUGAGGAAACCAAGACGGUGGUCUCGGAGAAGAAUGAUAAAGUCCAAAAGCUUAAGAAUCAAAAAUCAACCACAAAGCUAAAAGAUAAACCAUCGUUUACUGGACUUUCAGUUAAGUCAGGCAGCAGCUGGAAGCCAAUACUAAGAAAGUCCACGUCGUUUGGGUCACUAAGUUACCAUUCUAGGGGAAGGACAGUCUCUAUAAGAAAAUCAAAUGAAUACAUUGACAGGGUCAAAAAGAAACCCUUAAGCUUAAUCGACAACUGUUUACUCAAAAUAUUAAGAGACAGCUCUCUCCGUUCGAAUAUUUCACUUUACAGAGGUGAUGCCAUUAAUUUGGAUACAAAAAUCCACGAAAUCCGCAAAAGCUUGAUUCUCAGUGGCGAUCAUCAUGGCUGGGCCAUUCGUGUGAAAGAAAAUUUCGCUUACGUAAAGCCAACAACAGGCAAGAAAAAAGUAUUAAAAAAAAAGCAAAACUAUGAUUCAGGGAAUGAAACUUUGGAAAGUUAUAAUUUUUUACAAUCUGCAUGGCAGACCAAUGGAGAAAACUCACCAGUUUUCUCAAAAAAGAAAGAACUCGAAAAUGUUUACACUUCAAAAACUAUCUCUGAAGAGGAAAUGAGUAUGACUAUGGAACCGAGACCUUUAGUAAUUGCGGAGGUUAUACAAGAAUUUAUGAAGAAAUAUGGCUCUAAGAUACGUUUUCUCAAAGCUUAUCCAGAAUUAUUUAAUGCCAAAGAGCUGGAAAAGGUUCAUGUAAAAAGUGAUAGUCAGCCGAAAGAAGACAAGAAAACCAAAGAAGCCAAGAAACCCAAAGAAGCCAAGAAACCCAAAAUCCAGAAAGUUAAGGAGGUAAAAAAUAAGAUAUCUACGCCCUUUAGGAAAGCCUGUUCUUUGUGCCAUUGUGUGAGAAGAAAGCAAUCUGAACUUCGACCUUAUAUGCAACGAAUGCAGAAACAACGUCAGCGAUUGGAACAAAAAAGUUACUAUAUUCAAAGGUUUAUGAAAUGCGGAAGGGAUCUUAAGAAUGGAAAGUGUACUAAGAAAGGCCUAGCCAUAUGCUAUAAAACCCUAAACCUUUGCCAGCAAAUUGUGGAAGAAGAAAUCUUGAAGAGAUCUGAAGGAUGUCAGCUGAAAUGAAAACUAUUACUCAGCUGGGAAAAUGGAGAUAUAGGUCAUGAAAGUCUUUAGUCAGGAAACCAAAGAUUCAAGCCUAGAUUUUUUGGAAUUAUUUUAAAUUAAUUAUCUGACAAAUAUAAAAAUCAAUUCUAUAUAAUAAAUAAACAAGUGACAAAUCAAUGUUAAAUAGAUUUCAGGAACUUUGUCUUAGUUUGUACCUGAUCAAUAGGUAGUAUAAAUAAUAGCCCUGCUGUUGAUUUUUCCAUGUUGAAAUCUCUUUCCAACCCACAAUAACUUAAAAUUCAAUGGCUUACCAUAUUUGUACGAGAUCAAAAU